AGAAUAGAGUGGACGGAAAGUCGGAGAGACCGAAAGGGUUGGGGGUGGGAGUAGCGGAUUUGAAGCACUUGUUGGCCUAGCGAGGCGUGGGAAGCAGAGCGCAUACUCAGGCGUGCUGCCCGCCGCCCGAGUCCUGCGAGGGCAGAUAGCUAGGGUGUAGCCCUUAUCUGCACCCAGAGGAGCGCCGGCGGGGUACGGUGCUAGGACCUCGACCUCCUCUCUCAUUUUCUCUCAUCCCUACCUCUUGUGGAAGCUAGAUGGAUCCUGGCCCGCCGAUUGUGCCUCUUCCCCUCCCUUCCUGACCUCUCAACGGCGGCUGCAGGAGGUGCUGCAGUGUCUCUCUUGUCGCCAGGUUGUCCUGGUGGAGAGCAGUGAGCGUCUGGGAGGCUGGAUUCGCUCCGUUCGAGGACCGAAUGGCGCUAUUUUUGAGCUUGGACCUCGGGGAAUUAGGCCAGCGGGAGCCCUAGGGGCCCGGACCUUGCUCCUGGUGAGAGGCUUGUGGGUGUCCAGGAGAGGCUGUGGAGGGGCUUUAACUGGGGAAUAGAGUUUAGGAGAGGAAGUAUGUUUGGUGGGUCAGACCUUCCCUUAGUUUCUCCUCUUCUGAGGGCAUGUGGAGAGCAGGUUUCUGAGCUUGGCUUGGAUUCAGAAGUGCUGCCUGUCCGGGGAGACCACCCAGCUGCCCAGAACAGGUUCCUCUACGUGGGCGGUGCCCUACAUGCCUUACCCACUGGCCUCAGGGGGCUACUUCGCCCUUCACCCCCGUUUACCAAACCUCUGUUUUGGGCUGGACUGAGGGAGCUGACUAAGCCCCGGGGCAAAGAGCCUGAUGAGACUGUGCACAGUUUUGCCCAGCGCCGCCUUGGACCUGAGGUGGCGUCUCUAGCCAUGGACAGUCUCUGCCGUGGAGUGUUUGCAGGCAAUAGCCGUGAGCUCAGUAUCAGAUCCUGCUUUCCCAGUCUUUUCCAAGCUGAGCAAACCCAUCGUUCCGUAUUACUGGGCCUACUGCUGGGGCCAGGGCGGACCCCACAGCCAGACUCAGCACUUAUUCGCCAGGCCUCGGCUGAGCGCUGGAGCCAGUGGUCACUUCGUGGAGGUCUAGAGAUGUUGCCUCAGGCCCUUGAAACCCACCUGACUAGUAGGGGGGUCACUGUUCUCAGAGGCCAACCAGUCUGUGGGCUCAGCAUCCAGGCAGAAGGGCGCUGGAAGGUAUCUCUAGGGGACAGCAGUCUGAAGGCUGACCACAUUAUUAGUGCCAUUCCAGCUUCAGUGCUCAGCAAGCUGCUACCUGCUGAGGCUGCACCUCUGGCUCGUGCCCUGAGUGCCAUCACUGCUGUGUCUGUAGCUGUGGUAAAUCUGCAGUACCGAGGAGCUCAUCUACCUGUCCAGGGAUUUGGACACUUGGUGCCAUCUUCAGAAGAUCCAGGCGUCCUGGGAAUUGUGUAUGACUCAGUUGCUUUCCCUGAGCAGGAUGGGAGCCCCCCUGGCCUCAGAGUGACUGUGAUGCUGGGAGGUUCCUGGUUACAGACGCUGGAGGCCAGUGGCUGUGUCUUAUCUCAGGAGCUGUUUCAACAGCGGGCACAGGAAGCAGCUGCCACACAAUUAGGACUGAAGGAGCUGCCGAGUCACUGCUUGGUCCAUCUACACAAGAACUGCAUCCCCCAGUAUACACUGGGUCACUGGCAAAAACUAGAGUCAGCGAGGCAAUUCCUGGCCGCUCACAGGUUGCCCCUGGCUCUGGCUGGAGCCUCCUAUGAGGGGGUUGCUGUUAAUGACUGUAUAGAGAGUGGGCGCCAGGCAGCAGUCAGUGUCGUGGGCACAGAACCUAACAGCUGAUUUCCAACUCUCACUCAUGGAAAUAAAAGUUGCUGGAGCUUG